ACAUCUAUCUAUCCAAUCAGACGCGGUUUACGGAUAUCUUUACGCUUCCGGUGGAAGAGGCUUUUCAAAUUCUUGGCGCUUGUCUGUUGGUUAGUGAUCCUUCAUCUGGCAUAUUGUAAUCUAGAUUUACUUUAUCAUUACUGUAUCUGAUGCAAAUAUGAAAAACGCCUUCUAUUGAUUCAAGAGUUUCUGAAGAAGAUUCAUAAUGGCGACUGAUGUCUGCAACCAUGUCAAGGUGGUUGUACGAGUCAGGCCAUUCAACAGCAACGAAAAGGGUGACGAUUUGAGGAAGGUUGUCCAUGUUGUGGAUGGCCGCAUGUUGAUAUUUGACCCCAAGGAAAACCACAUAUCAUCUUUUGGAAUACCCAAAGUACAAAAGAGGAAAGUCAGGGUGGUUAACAAAGACCUCAAAUUUGUGUUUGACAACGUUUUUGGAGAAGACUCUACGCAAGAAGAAAUAUUUGAGAACACAACGAAAGGUGUGCUGGAUGGCUUCAUGAUUGGUUUCAACUGCACAGUGUUUGCCUAUGGAGCAACAGGGGCAGGAAAAACACAUACAAUGCUAGGGUCCCCUGAUGAGCCAGGAGUCAUGUAUCGCACUAUGAAGGAGCUUUAUAAACGCAUGGAGGAUGAUAAAGAGGAGAAAGUUUUUGAAGUUGCCUGCUCAUACCUUGAGGUGUAUAAUGAGCAAAUCAGGGACCUGAUGACUAAUGUUGGUCCAUUGGCAGUGUGGGAAGAUGAUUCGAGGAAAGUUGUGGUUCGAGGUCUAUCCCUCCAUCAGCCCAAAUCUGCAGAUGACAUUCUUAAGGCUUUGGAUCAUGGCAACCGAAACAGGUCACAGCAUCCUACUGAGAUGAAUGCCACUUCAUCGCGCUCCCAUGCGGUUUUCCAGAUAUACUUAAAGCAGCAGGACAAGAAUGCUGGCCUCAAUCCUAACGUGUGUGUUGCCAAAAUGAGCCUGAUUGACCUGGCAGGAUCAGAGAGAGCGAGUGCGUCCAAUGCCCGGGGGGCACGUCUAUGGGAGGGUUCAAACAUCAACCGCUCCCUGCUCGCCCUGGGGAAUGUUAUUAAUGUUCUUGCUGACCCAAAGAGUAAAAAAGGUCACAUCCCAUACAGGGCCAGCAAGCUCACGCGAUUACUGAAAGACUCCUUGGGCGGAAACUGCAGGACGGUCAUGAUUGCAAACAUAAGCCCUUCGUCCAAGAUGUACGACGACACCCACAACACGCUAAAGUACGCAGACAGAGCCAAGCAGAUCAAGUCUUCGCUGAAUAGUAACGUUGUCAGUCUGAACAGCCACGUCGGCCAGUAUGCGGUGAUCUGUGAGAAACAACGGGAAGAGAUCCUGAAGCUGAAGGAGAAGUUAAAGGAAUAUGAGGGGAGUAAGAUCCAUAACAUGGCGCCUGGAGGUUCAGAAUUGACCUGGUCUCGGAAAAAAGCAGAGUUUAAGCAGUUGUCGGACUCUUUGCAGGCGAUCUUCUCGGGCCGUGCCCAGAUCAGAAGGGAGCAGCUGGAUCUGGAGCGGCAGCUGAAGGAGAACGCGCUGCGCCAGCGGCACAGCGAGGAGGCCAACCAGCAGGUCCACUCGUUCUGUGCCAAGGAGAAGACCGAGAAGGCCACCUGCAAGCACGAGCGCAGGAUCGCUUCCCUGAGAACCACGCAGCAGCACAUCCACGAUAAGCUGAUCGAGGCCAAGAAACGGUUCCAAAACAACGAUGACUGGCUCCACCGCGUCGAGAACGAGAUGAAGCUGCUGGGCCAGAAUGCCAAGCCUCCAGAGGUCUUGGAAAAGGACCUGUAUUGCCACAGACUGGAGUUGCAGGUGAACGACCUGAAGCAACACCUCAAGCAGAUGAUUCAGCUUACCACACUGCAGGAUCAGGAGAACAAGCGCACGCAGAAAAUGGUGAACAUCUUGCUACCCGCUCACAGUCGUCACAGAGUCGUGUUGACCGCGGCCGGACUGGCCGGCGAAAUCGACUCCCUGGAGAACCAGGAGCUCGAACAACUGGUGCUGCGCGAGAGGGGUGUGGUCUGGGCUGACCAAGACACCGGGGAGCAAUGCACGACAGAUGACGGGACGUCGACGACCGGCGGUGACCUGGUGCCCAUCCUGUCGUUUUCCCAUCUCGCGUACCACCAGGACAGCCCCUGCAGUGCAGAAUUGCCCAAGAUAAUAUCAAGAAGACUAGCACACAGGUCUCCAUCAACUAAAGGGGACCAGGGAGUCCCUGACAAGCGGCCCGUCAGGAGGAACCUCUCGGCGUCGCUGCCGCCGUACGGCCCCGUGGCGACGACGUCGGCGCAUCAACACAGCCUCCAGGUCACGGAGGAGGGCAUGUUCCCGCUGCAGAGCACCCCCCUGCCGCAGUGGGCUCCGGGCGCCGGCGCCUAUGAUCCCAACAUGACAUUUGAAGUGGCCGACGGCGAGGAUCAAACGGCGGACGACUCCAGGUCGGCGGCUCCCGCUGGCGUCUCCACGUGGCGGGGCUCGGACCCCGCUGAACCACAUCUGUCCACGGCCGUAGGGUCCGUCGCGAGCACUAGCAGAGGUUUAAAGGUCCCAUCUUUGCUGGACAGAAAGUGUGCCAAACCGCCCUACAUGGCAUUGACUUCGGCGGCGAUAGGAAAGCGUAAACUAAACAGUGGCAUCAAGGAGGAAGACGCGACCGCUGUUGUGGCCUUCAAGCGUGUGAAACUAGAACCGGCGGUCACCAGGAGACCUCUGAGGGUUCAGCGUGCGGCUGGGUCGGACGAGAACAAGCCCAGGAGGGUGGUGAGGAGCAAAUCGGAAAGGAUGCUCAACGAGCGGGGGGCUUGCAAGUCCAGGUCCACCUUCUAUAAGACCGCCCAGCCGUUUGAGCGAGUCGUAAAGAAGAUGUGAAGCUGAUCCCUGAUCCAUUCUCUCCCUCACUCUGUCUUUGUACAUAUCUUUCACUUUUCACACUGCUUUUGUUAAAUUGAAAUGAAAAAGUCUUACAAUAGUUGUUUUUAAUGUAUAUAGUCAUGUUGCCUGAAGAUUUCUUUCAAUAAAGCAGUAUAAUUC